CCCGCCUUUUUCAGGACGGCCAAGCAGAGGCAAGCACAGGCACCCCAGCAAGGAAAAUGGAACUGACGGCAGCUGGCGAACAAGCAGCAAGAGGACCCUGAAGAAAAGAGAGCAAGAAAAAAAAAAAUUGAAAAAUCACGGAUUUCUACGGUUACGCUUGCAGCCGCCCCGAUUCGAGCCUUGGAAUCACAGCGAAUUUCGGAAAGGACUCAAGCAUAGAGAAAGGAAGCCGAGACCCUCCAUCCGCCUUAUGACAAGUGGAGGACACGAGAAUUGGGCCUCAUUUUCCGAGUGGUCAGGUGGCCCCAGUCGUCCACUCUCCCCUCAAAGCAACGCGUGCCUUCACUCAAUUCCUCGCGCUGCAGUAAAACCAGACCUAGAUCCGAUCCAGACCAGACCGGACCAGACAGCCAGACAAGCCAUUCAUUGAACGCCUGUCGCCUCCUGCUCGCCGCGCAGCCGUCGGUCUUCGCAACGACAACGAUCGUAACGGAGCUGUCGACGGGAGAUUGUGAUCCGGUGAAAGCCAGAGACAACCAUUCAUAAAAACUAAUUUUGCUACCACGACCUUUUGACUAUUUUUUUUCUCGUCUCUCUUCUUUUUGUUUGUCUCUUUUUUUCUCGUCUAUUCUUUCGUCCGCUCUUCCGCACCCACUACCGCACAUUUGCUGCUGUGUCGCUCCACAUUGAGAAGUGACGUCGGACGGAACACAGACGAAAUACGGCAAGGUGCACUUCUGCGACACCGCGCGACUCUUUACCAGCCCGCCUACGCCCUCCAAAUAACGCGAGAAGACGGAAAGGAACGACGACGAUCGAGUCACGAGUUGUCACUCAACAAAAGGGCAACUUAAUACCCGACGAGCGGAAUCAUAGUUGCUGCUUUCGUCCGAAAACGCCGCCCUGCGACAGACACGCUGUCAGGUACCACACCACACAAGACAUCGGUGCCGCAGUCCUGCCACAGUUGUCGGCUGCCCGGCUGCGCCCGGUCGACGACAGUAUCUGUCCACAUACACACCCCUAAAAAAAGAAAAAAAAAAAGAAAAAAAGCUUUGCUGGGUAUCGAUAGGAGAAACAUACCUAGAUACCUAGUUAGGUAUACCGCACACGCCUGCCGUGAGCAAGUCGAUUUGAUUUGCACAGUGUCGCUCGCCUGGUCGGUCUUCAGGGGCAGCCAAGCCGUGAUUUUCGGGCUGUGUUUGCCGGGGUCCUCUGGACUUUAUCUUGGUUUGGUAUGCGCCUAGGUUUGCUCAAACAGAAUCCACGCCCAACUACAGCAAAACAAACACUGUGAUAGCUUUACAGUAGGAGCGCAGGGAAGAACCGGCAUCGAAAAUCUUCGCUAAAGCUUCUCGUCUGGCAUACUUCCGAGACAGGAAGGCUGCGAAGAAACCAAGCAAGCCGCAUCGCAUUUCCCAAGAUCUUGCUCCGCAAAAAUGUCAUCGGGAAUGCAUCCGGACCACUCUGGUCAACGAUCGGCGGGAUUGUCGCUCAAUCUUUCAUCCAACAAUCCCUUUCGCAACCGCGCGGCUUCCCCUAACAAUCUGCCACAGAGCCCGGCCUCUCCUUUUGAUGAUCCGCCGCCUCGUCCAGUUUCGCGGAAUCCGUUUCUCGAUCCUUCCAACAAGCCAAUUCAACUGCAACAACCUUUAUUGUCGCCAGACAGCAUGGCUUCCAAAUCUGACCGAAUGUCGCCUACGGCCGAGGAGAUUUUUGACUCUUUAACUCUCGAUGACAGAAAUGACAAGAAGCCACCUCCACCACCAGGGUCGCGCCCCCAAAUGGGCCGGCCGGGGCCUCCACGUGGAGAGAACGUGCCGCCUCCUGGUGGCCGUCGUCCUCCCCCAAGCCACAGGCCUACGCGUUCGCAGGAAGAAGCGAUGCGAGCACGCAGGCUGCAGGGGAGCGGCGCCGGAGACAGCCGCAACGGAGAGUCUUCUUCUCCUCAUAGGAGAUCGGAAAGACGCCUGCGACGUAACUCGGAGUCUUCAGUCAUCAGCACCGAUAAGGAGAAGCAUCUAACAGAGGAGGAAAAGAAGGCCCGUGAUUUGCGGCGCCGGGAGAGGGAACGCCGCCACCGAGAGCGAGGCGACCGAGACUCUAAAAGCAAACCGAGACCCAGCAACAGAAAACUUGACAUUAUUGAUCAGUUGGACGCCACAAGCAUUUAUGGCACCGGACUCUUCCAUCACGAUGGACCAUUCGAUGCUCUUAACCCUCACCGGAACAAGAAAGGAAGCAGCCGCGCGCCGAUGCAGGCAUUCCCGAAGGACUCGCUGAACAACUCUAUGGGAGGGUCGGGCCCGCUGAACGCCCGUCCAGAUCAUGCGACGUUUAUGGGCAAUGCCGACCAGGAGGCCUUCCGAGAGUAUUCCCAAGGUGAGAAGCAGGGCUCUUCUAGCCGCUUGCCACCCGUCUUCGACCCUCUUAGCCGUGGCACGAUCCUGCACGGCGACGAGUCGAUGGGCCUGGGAACCUCGACCUUUUUGGAGGGCACACCGGCCGCACGAACGGUUAUUCAGCGGCGUGAGGCCGAACAGCAACAGGACACCAUGGAGAGUGGCCUCCAACGGAAGAAAUCGCUUGCUCAGAGGAUUCGCGGCAUAAACCGCCCUCGCCGCGACUUCGAGGCGGGCGGCCGCAUGACAAACCCCGAAGGCGUUUACUCGUCGCGCCGAUCGCCUCCGAUUCCCGGUGCCAAUUCUUCAGCCAGCAUGUCGAGCUCGCGAGCGGAGCGUAACCCGUUCUUUGCCGACUAUGACGGUGCCAAGAAUGGAGAGGAAUCAAUCUCGGUCCGUAGGAGAGAUGGAUCUGCUCCCCGUGUGAAGUCUCCCACUAGCCCCGACUCCCUGCCACUUGAGCGUCGUGUCACAGGUGGUGAUGACGAUCAGGCUGCCCGAGCUGGCGGCGGACUGCUCGCACGUGUCAAGAGCUUAAAGGGUGGACGACGAACCAGGCCAAGCCCUCCGGACCAGCCCUCUCCUUCGGCCAUUCCGGCCCCGGGUACCGCAGCCUAGGGGCGCUCAGGUAUCACGAGGACCCAAACGACGCCGACACCUAGCAGGCACAUGGCAGUCCGCACUGCUAUCGUUUACGAGGAUGUAACGUUUUGAAUCUCGGACACGGUUCACAAAUACUGCCUUCAACACUUUACCGCUAUGGUUAAUGCGCCUAUUAACACAUACUACGCUGUCAGUGCGGCUGCGCCGUGCCAAAUCAUCCGGCCCUGUCUGCCUCGUGAUUCCGCGAAAAUCCUGCGGAGUCGAUCUAAGGACGGUUUUGAAUUCGCAAACGGGGUCCACGAUCUGAUGAUUCAGAGAGGUAUAUGGGGACGAUGGUAGACUUCGUGUACAAAAUUGAAUUGGCUGUGGACAUUUCACAAAUUGUGAUAAUUUCAGUUGUUAUUGGAAGGGGGUCUCUUUUGUUUUCUAUGUCGGUGACUCGAUGAUCAACAUUGUCAUCCUUGAAACCCUCAAACCUCUACAGGAAAUGUUAUGCGACCUUAUCUCGUUUGUCUUCUCCCGUCUCAUUGCUCCUAUUCCUUAUCUUACGCAUUUGUUCUCAAACAUAAACGAUACGGAGUCUUUUCGGAAUGCGUGGUCCUUAUUACCAAACAUCGUGAACCUUUGGAAAAGAAAAUAUAUUUAACCCGAGUUUCGUAUACUACAUCACCACAGCUGCCCAAAUGCACGUUGGGUUUGGGAACUAUACCCUGAAUAGAUAAUGCGCUACAUUCGUCAUA